UAAACCCUUCGCCAGUAAAACGGCGCUGCCCUAAAAGCCUAAAACUCCCCUCCUCUUCUUUCCCUCCUUGCCUCCGCACAGUAAGUAAAAUGGGCUCCCGCGACCGAGCCGGCGCCGCCGGCAUGAACGGCGGAGCUCCGGCAGCGGUGGACAAGGGCGUGGACUUCGCAAACUACUUCUGCACGUACGCCUACCUUUACCACCAGAAGGAAAUGCUCUCGGACCGAGUUCGCAUGGACGCUUACUACGACGCCAUCUUUAAGAACAAGCACCACUUCAUCGGAAAGACGGUGUUGGAUGUAGGAACUGGAAGCGGCAUUCUUGCAAUUUGGUCAGCACAAGCUGGAGCAAGGAAGGUGUAUGCAGUCGAAGCAACAAAGAUGUCAGAGCAUGCCCGUUCUCUUGUAAAAGCCAAUAACCUUCAAGAAGUUGUGGAGGUGAUUGAGGGUUCUAUUGAGGAUAUCACUCUUCCUGAGAAAGUUGAUGUUAUUAUUUCUGAGUGGAUGGGAUAUUUUCUUCUACGUGAGUCCAUGUUUGAUUCAGUGAUAUGUGCACGUGACCGUUGGCUGAAGCCUACUGGAGUCAUGUAUCCUAGUCAUGCACGUAUGUGGUUGGCACCUAUAAGGUCUAGAUUAGGAGAGCAAAAGAUGAAUGAUUAUGAAGCAUCUAUGGAGGACUGGUAUUGUUUCUUGAACGAUACCGGGACUCACUAUGGCGUUGAUAUGAGUGUUCUAUCAAAGCCCUUUUCUGAAGAGCAGGAAAGGUACUAUCUCCAGACAGCACUGUGGAACAACCUUCAUCCACAUCAAGUUAUAGGGAGUGCCGCCAUCGUGAAGGAAAUAGAUUGUUUGACUGCCACAGUCGAUGACAUUUUGGAAGUCAGGUCUAAUAUUUCCUCUUCGAUAAAUGUAUGCGGCACAAGACUCAACGGCUUUGGUGGAUGGUUUGAUGUCCAUUUUCGAGGAAGAAGGGAAGAUCCGGCUCAUGCGGAGAUCGAGUUGACGACUGCUCCCAGUGUUGAUGGUGGCACUCACUGGGGACAACAGGUGUUCCUUUUGCAUCCUCAGAUUAGCGUCGAUGAAGGAGACAAUAUAAAUGUUUCAUUUUCAAUGACUCGCUCAAAGGAGAAUCAUCGGUUGAUGGAGAUGGACCUGGAUUGCGAAAUCUGCCAACCUUUGGGCAAACAGCUUCAGGCGUUCAGGAAAAAGUUCUACAUCGAUUGACCCAUGCAAGUACAAGGGUCACCACAUUGGUAUGUACAAUUUGGGGAUGCAGUCUUCAAACUCUUGUUUUCGUCUACCUUUGAGGGCUCAGAGGACUACCAACAGACAGCAGGUUGUAAGAGUUUAUGCUGUCAACAUCCUCGAAGCAUUUUCUGCGACACAGAUAGUUUGGAAUUUCAAUGGAAGUGUUAUCUUUUGGGGAAAAAACCAUUGGUCACCUUGUUGUAAACGUCAAAAAUGAGAUCAUAACGAUCGGUUUUGUGGGAAUCCACAUUAAGCGACUUCAUACCUUACAUAUUUUGGUUCAUAGGACUUACUUAAGUUCGAGAACUUAAGAAACACGUAAACCUUCGAAGAGAUUUAUUUCUUAAGCCGGAAGGACAGUGAUUAAGGUUGACUAUAGUAUAGUGCAUGUUAUUACUGUGUGGGAUCAAGAGCAAAAGUAGACUUA